AUGGCCUUACAAUUCGACGAGAAGCCGUCAGGAACGGCUCCUCCAUCGACACGAGCUUAUGAAAGGCUGGAGGAUGAUAAGGACUGGAAUCCUAAGAUGGAUGACGUUGAGGUUAGCAGUCGUGAGAUCAACGCAGGCACAGCGAUAUCUCGACACGAGAAGGCAUACGAGAGACCCGAUCCGGUCACCGAUCUCAAGCAACGUUUGACAUUAUGGGACCCAAACUAUCCCGAGGACAAGAGGGAGUCCAUGAUGCUCGAUAGUUCGUCCAUCGAUGAUGCGGAAAUAUUUUCCAACAAGGAAGAAGAAGACUCGCCAUAUCCCGAAGUUCGUGCUGCAGUCCACAACUACGAUGAAGAUGUACCAGCCAAUACUUUCCGCGCUUGGGUCAUUGGUAUGACCUUGGUGAUUGUUGGAGCCUCCAUGAAUACCCUCUUCUCGCUGCGAAGUCCGUCAAUUGGCUUGGGCGCCUUGGUCGCUCAAAUCAUUGCAUGGCCUCUUGGUCAUGGUUGGGCAAAGGUCAUGCCAACCCGACAGUUUAACGCUUUUGGCUUGAAGUGGUCUCUCAACCCAGGACCAUUCAACAUCAAAGAGCAUUCUAUCAUCGUGGUCAUGGCCAGUGUCUCCUUCAGUGCUGCUUACGCUACCGAUAUUUUGCUUGCGCAGAUCGCAUUUUACAAGCAAGACUUCGGAAUUCUUUUCCAACUCAUGCUGGUUAUUUCAACACAAUCAGUUGGAUAUGGUAUUGCUGGCAUGAUGCGCAAGUUCUUAGUAUAUCCCGCCGCCAUGAUCUGGCCUGGAAAUCUUGUGAGUGUGACUCUGAUGAAUGCAAUGUACGAAAAUAGUGCCAAAAAGGAUCCGACGGUAUUCGGAGGAAGCAUUGCUCGCUAUCGAUGGUUUGGAUAUGUCUGUGCUGGAGCUUUCGUGUAUUACUUUAUCCCUGGAUUUCUCGCUCAGUUCCUCAGCGUCUUUGCUUUCGCUACCUGGAUCGCACCCAACAAUCCUGUCGUCAACCAGAUGUUUGGAGGUUCAACAGGACUUUCACUUAUCCCAAUCACUUUCGACUGGACUCAGAUUUCUGGAUUCGUUGGCAGCCCUUUGAUUCCCCCGUGGUUUGCCAUUGGGAACACCUUGAUCGGUGUUGUGGUCUUCUACAUCAUUGGCGCCUCAGCGUUGCACUAUACUGGCACAUGGAGUGCGCAGUUCCUGCCCAUGAGCGACAGCGCGACCUACGACAACACCGGUUCUUCCUAUAACGUGACAAGGAUUCUCACUCCUGAGUUUAGACUCGACCUGGCAGCAUACAAAGCGUACUCGCCGCUCUUCCUCUCAACUACUUUUGCUAUGUCUUACGGACUGUCAUUCGCAGCCAUUGCUUCAUUGGUUGUAUACACCUAUCUCAAUCACGGAAAGCAAAUUUGGCAGCAAUUCCGAAACAGCACCAAAGAGGAGCCUGAUAUUCAUAUGAAAAUGAUGCAAAAGUACAGAGAAGCUCCGACAUGGUGGUACAUGAGUCUGUUCGCUGUUAUGGUCGCACUAAGUCUCAUUACUGUCCUGGCGUUUCCUACAAACCUGACGUGGUGGGCCUUCUUGCUUGCGCUGGGUAUCUCGUUCGCGUUCUCUCUUCCCAUUGGAAUCAUUCAAGCAAUUACGAACACUCAAAUCGGCUUGAACGUCCUUACCGAAUUUAUCUUCGGAUACAUCCAGCCGGGUCGCCCUCUGGCUCUGAUGAUCUUCAAGACAUAUGGAUAUAUUACGAUGUCGCAAGCACUUGGAUUUGUUUCUGAUCUCAAAUUCGGUCACUACAUGAAGCCAAAGAUCCCGCCACGCACCAUGUUCAUGGCCCAAGUCGUUGCCACGACGUUCUCGUGCUUCAUUCAAGUCGCUGUACUUAACUUUGCACUCACCAACAUCAAAGACGUAUGCACACCUCAUCAACCUGAACAUUUCACAUGUCCAGGUGGGAGAGUCUUCUUCUCGGCUUCCGUCAUCUGGGGUCUCAUCGGUCCUGCACGAAUCUUCUCUCCAGGCCAAGUGUACUCCGGGCUCUUCUGGUUUUUUCUCGCCGGUGCAAUAGCUCCCAUAAUCUUCUAUUUCGCCGCCCGCAAAUGGCCCAAAUCCCCCAUCAAGUACCUCAUGGCACCUUUGCUCUUUGGAGGAGCAGCCUCCAUCCCUCCAGCAACACCGCUCAACUAUCUCUCCUGGGGUAUCGUCGGAUAUGUGUUCCAGAAGUAUAUCAGGACAAAAUACUUCGGAUGGUGGUCGCGAUUGAACUACCUGACCAGCUCUGGGUUGGACUUGGGACUGGCAUUGAGCACACUGUUCAUCUUCUUUGCGUUUACAAUGGGCAAUAUCGAAGCGCCAAACUGGUGGGGAAACACCAUCGUCAGCGCGACGAUGGAUGCGCAGGAUACGGCUGUACAGGCGACCGUUGCAGCUGGAGAGCAUUUUGGCCCUGCUGUUUGGUAAUGGAGGAAUAGGUGUAUAUGUUAGGAGGUAUUUCUUUCGUUCCAGUUUUAUAUUAUUGCAGAUCUUUGUAUGUUUGUUUCCUAGCCUUUUGUAAUUUUAAGAUAUUGUUCCACG